AUGUCGAGUGUCAAUCUAGGUCAAAUGGGAGAUGGUAGUGGCGCCCAAGUGGCGACAAUGCAGUUCAUACAGCAGUUCUACACUCUCUUGGACGGUGAAUCCCCGGAAGCAGCACAAGAAUGGAGUGACAUGUUUGCAGACGACGCUGAGUUUGUCACGCCUGUUCAGACCCUGGGCGGACGACAAGCAAUAAGAGCCCAACGAGAAGAAUUUUGGACUCAGUUCCCUGGGCUGAAACACCAACCUGUUCGCGUUUAUGUCUCGCCGUUUUCGCCGUUGGAUGUCGUGGUCAUCAACAGUUAUGAAUUUACUGGAAAGGACGGGCAACAUGUUUUAUCGCACACAGCGGCUGAGUUUAGACUAGUUGAGAGCAAAGACAACCGUCUGGUCGUGCAGAGGUUGGAGAUAUUUCUGGAUCCAACGGUUUUGGGCUGGAAAUAG